AUGAGCUCUUAUUUUGUAAACUCAUUUUGCGGUCGCUAUCCAAAUGGCCCGGACUACCAGUUACAUAAUUAUGGAGAUCACAGCUCGGUGAGCGAGCAAUACAGGGACUCCGCCAGCAUGCACUCCGGCAGGUACGGAUACGGCUACAAUGGCAUGGACCUCAGCGUCGGGCGCUCUGCUUCCACCCACUUUGGUGCCAAUGAGAGACCCCGCAGUUACCCGGCCAACACCACCUCUGCCUCGACAGAGCCCAGGUACAACCAGCCCGCGACGUCUUCCCACUCGCCUCCCCCUGACCCUCUGCCCUGCACCGCCGUGGCCGGUUCGCCUGUCAGCGAGAGUCACCACGGGGUGAAAAACUCCCUCGCCAACUCCACCAGCACUUCGUCCAAUUCCAGCAGCAACACGCACAUCAGCAGAGACGGGGUUGGCACCUCGUCUGGGACUGAGGAAGACACUCCAGCAAGCAGCGAGCAGGCAAGUGCCCCGACCGACCAAAGCACAGCCCAGCCUUCACAGCCCCAGAUCUACCCCUGGAUGCGAAAACUGCACAUAAGUCAUGACAACAUAGGGGGACCAGAAGGGAAAAGGGCUCGGACUGCUUACACCCGCUAUCAGACCUUGGAGCUGGAAAAGGAAUUUCACUUCAAUAGAUACCUGACCCGCAGAAGAAGGAUUGAAAUAGCACAUGCUCUUUGCCUCUCAGAGAGACAAAUAAAGAUCUGGUUCCAAAACAGGAGAAUGAAGUGGAAAAAGGAUAAUAAGCUGAAAAGUAUGAGCAUGGCAGCUGCAGGAGGGGCAUUCCGUCCCUAA